CUGAAAUAUCCUUAAUAUUUUCCCAGGAUGGUCACAAUAUUUUCUAUCAGAUGUCGAGCGGGGAAUACAAAGAUGUCCUGGACUCGAUUCGCCAGUGUAUUCUGGCCACAGAUCUUGCUGCAUUUUUUCCUAAUUUAAAGAGGAUUAAUAAACUCGUUUUGGAGACAUCCCAGUUUGAUUGGAACGAUGAAAGUCAUAGGGUCCUUGGCCAGAGUUUCUGCAUGACAGGCGCGGACCUCAGCGCUUCAGCGAAGCCGUUCGAAGCCCAGCUCCAAACGGUGGAAAUAAUUUUCGACGAGUUCUAUCAACAGGGUGACCUGGAGAGGCAAGCAGGCCGCUCCCCAAUCGCGAUGAUGGACCGCCGACGACAAGACCAGCUGCCAUCAUGCCAGGUCGGAUUCCUGAGCCAAAUAUGCCUGCCAUGCUACACCAUCCUAGCAGCCUUGUUCCCCAAAACCAAACCAAUGGUGGAAAUGGUCACCGCUAACCUGGAGAAUUGGAAGGCGAGGUCAAAAGAGCUCGAAAAGAGUAAAGAGGAAUAA